AUUCAUCGGAAAAAUUUUUUUUAUUAUUAUUAUUGUUUUAAUGAUAAGAAUAGUCAAGAUUUUGAUAACCACAACAACAUCUUUAUUCAAGCAGCAAAAGUUUGUUUCCUAGCAAAACAAUUUAACUAAAAAAAAUGAAAGGUUUCAAACUUGCAUUAUUACAAUUACUCACAACAAAAGAUAAAACAGAAACUCUUAAAAACGCUGCACAAUGGAUUUCUAAAGCUAAAAACAAGGGAGCCGAACUUGUUGCUUUGCCAGAAUGUUUUAACUGCCCGUAUGGGACUGAACAUUUUGCAAAAUAUGCUGAAGAAAUACCAACAGGUCCAACUUCGGACAUGUUAUCAACGGCUGCAAGAGAAAAUAAAAUUUAUCUAGUCGGCGGUACAAUCCCAGAAAAGGAGAGUAAUCGAUUAUAUAAUACAUGUACUGUUUGGAAUCCAGAGGGUCAAUUAAUUUUAAAAUAUCGUAAAAUGCAUUUAUUUGAUAUUGAUAUUCCCGGAAAAAUAACAUUCAAAGAAUCCGAUGUUUUAUCACCUGGAAAUUCGUUGGGGACAUUUAAAAUUGGUGAAUGUAAAAUAGGAAUAGGUAUAUGUUACGAUUUAAGGUUUGAAGAACUUGCCAAACUGUAUAGGAAUGAAGAAUGUAAAAUGCUUAUAUAUCCUGGUGCCUUCAAUAUGACUACUGGUCCAAAACAUUGGGAACUACUUCAACGUGGUAGAGCUGUAGAUAAUCAAUUGUAUGUGGCGGCUAUCAGCCCAGCUCGAGAUACUACAGCUGGUUAUGUAGCAUGGGGACAUUCUCAAGUGACUGAUCCAUGGGGAAAAGUUUUGGUCACUGCUAGUGAAAAAGAGGAAAUGAUUUUUGCUGAUAUAGAUUUAACUGAAUGUGAUAAUGUUCGUCAACAAAUUCCGAUUUCUAAACAAAGACGGACUGAUGUAUAUAAUACAAUCCACGUAAAGAAGAAUUAACAUUGAGAAAUGUGUUUUAAAUUUUUUUAUUUU